UGUGGGAAGAAUUAGAACUCUUAUUUAUGACUCAUGAUUUAAAGAUUCUAAGUUUCUUUUAGAUGGGUUGGAUUUAGAGGAAGGUACAUCUUGCUUUAUUUGUUCAUUAGUUCAUUCAAUAACAUUUAAUGAAUAUCUACUCUGUGCAAGGAUUAGUAGAUGCUGGAGGUGUAGUUAUGAGUAAGAUACACUGCCCUUGCUCUCAUGAAGCUUGUCUUCUAUCAAAGAAAACAUGUAAAACAAUCAAUUAGAGAAUAAAUGAUUUAAAUACAUUUAUAGUAAGUACUAAGAUAAAAAGGGAAUGCUUUGAAAUUCCAUAAUUGGGGAAUUUGACCUUGUCUGGGAAUCAGAGAUGGCUUCCUUGAGGAAGUGACACUGAGUUACUUUAUCAUUAUCACAUAUAUGAUUGAGGAAUUCAGUUUAACUAAUGCUUUUUUUUUUUUUUUAAAUCAAAGUUAUUUAAGGUUUACCUAAUAAACACGGCACCAAACCAAACACAUUGCCAUCGAGUCAGUUUUCACUCAUAGCUACCCUAUAUAUAGGACAGAAUAGAACUGCCCCAUAGGGUUUCCAAGGUUGUAAUCUUUAUCGAAGCCAACUGCCACACCUUUCUCCUGCAGAGCGGCUGGUGGGUUUGAACUGCCAACGUUUUGGUUAACAGGCAAGCACUUAACCACUGUGCCACCGGGGCUUCAGUAAACAUGGUAACAAACUUACAUUCAAUUCUAUUCUUGGUUUUAGUUGAGGUGCAUAAGCCCAUUACUUUCUGAAAUAAACAAACCAAAGCACUUCUGUUGUCUAUCUUUCCAGAUAGACUGUGAGCUUCUCAAGGACAGAAGCUCUAUCUCUAGAGCCUUAUAGUAUGUGAGACACAUAGUAAGUGCUAAAUAAAUAUUGAACAAAUCAAUUAUGAAUAAUCUGUUAAUGUGGAGGAAGCAACUUGGUGAUUUACCUUUGCGUUUCUUCUAAGCAGCAUUUUAGUAGUUAAGAGCAGGAGGCUUUGAAAUAAAUUAUAAAGCCUAGUUUUGAAUCCCAAUUCUUUAAUGUAAUAGUUGUAUAUACCUAGCAAGUUACUAAACUUCUCUAAACCUCAUUUUCCUCUUCUAUAAAGUGAGAUUACAUGUGUAAAUUUAGCAUAGUGUUUGACAAUAAUAAGCGUUCCAUAAGUGAGGGCUAGUAUUAUUACUAGAGACAUGUACCAAAGUUUUCACCUUUGGGCUUUAUUGGGAAAGUUUAAAGUAGACACCUAUAAGGGCACAAAACACUAGUAUGUCUAAGACCAGAUAAUUGGCCCUCCCCAAAAUUAUACCAAGUUAAAAAGUGAAAAACUUAUAAAUAGUAGACUGCUAUUGAAACUAAACCUCAUGAAUUAUUAAUCAUUGAUAAUUAAGUGGCUAAUCAUGGCCAUUAUCAGUACAAUGAGUAUAUUUCCUCCUGUUAUAUGUCAGUUUUUUAAUAAAUCAAUGUUUUUAUGAAUGGAUUUUUGUGAAUAUUUUUAAACCAAAUAAUCUCUCAAUGUAUCUUUUAUGUCAAUUAAGAUAGUUAAUGUAUGAGGUUUGCUUGAAUGAUGUGUGCAUAUUUAAAAUUAUUGGUGGACAGAAUUACAUUUGGGAAUGGAAAAAGCAGAAGAUCUAGCCCAUAUUUCUAAUUUUUCAACUUCCCUAAGUGAACUUGAAGCCUUGGUGGUGCACUGGUUAAGAGCUUGAUGGCUAACCAAAAGGUCGGCAGUUUGAAUCCACCAACAACUCCUUGGAAACCCUAUGGGGCAGCUCUGCUCUGUCCUGUAGGGUCGCUAUGGGUCGGAAUCAACUCGACAGCAACGGGUUUUUUUUUUUUUGGUGGGGGGGAGUUUAAGUGAACUUAGUCAUUUUAAAUAGUUCUCUGUCACUCUCUUUGCCUAUGUAGUGAAAAGUACUAUCACUCUUUUUCUGUUUCUCUUUAAUCCUGACUUUUUUCUGAAUAUCUUUACGAUAGUAAGGAAUGUAAGGAAACUUAUUGACUAAACAAAUAUUCUAAGGUUUUAAAUCUGACUUUAAAAUUUCCUUUAAUUCCAUGUUACAGGAGGUCCCUGGGUUGAGAACGUCCAAUUUAGGGAGAUUGAGGGAAAAUUCAUACUUUAAUGUUAUGUUAAUUUUCCCUCACUUUGAAACAACUGAGCCAGACUCUUCUGGCAACAGUCAUCACAAUCACCUGCAGUUGGGGCACAUGCAGCUUUUAAAUCAUUGAAAAGGCUUUGAGCCUUUACUUGUACUAACCCGUUGCCAUUGAGUUGAUCCCACUCAAUAGUGAUUCUAUUGGACAGGGUGGAAAUGCCCCAAAGGAUUUCCAAGGAGCCGCUGGUGGGUUCAAACUGCUGACCUUUUGGUUAGCAGCAGAACUUACCCACUUAACCACUAUACCACCAUGGCUCAACUUUAAAACCAUGUGUACCUGUUCUGACUUACCUACGAAUGAGACUUAAAGACACAGUUAGGAAUGGAUUUUGUUUGUAACCUGGGGACUGCCUGUAUUUACAAAGUUAUGAUUUGCUUGCAAAAAUAAAAUAAUAUAAUUACCCUUUAGAACAAAGCAAUGCAAAAAAUAUCACCAAACAGAAAAACCAUUAAGACCUUUUUAUUCUACAUUGAAAAAAAGCACUUCAAGUUUCUCGACACACUAAAUACCCACAAAUUAGUGCUUUUUUUUUUUUUUCUUGUAAACCCUUGAAAUUGGCUGUAGUCAAGGGAUUCAGAAGACACAAUUUGGAACAUAUUUUUAAGAAUACAAGAUGUUUGAUUAAAGUAUUAUGGUUAAUAUAUGGCCUUCUGGAAAACUAUUUCAGCACUUGAAAUGUUUGGAUUGAAUUGGGUGGAUUUACAUGCUUUUCAUAAGUUAACAUUUAAAAGAACAGAAUUCAGCAUGUAGUGUGGGUUCUUUGAGGCUGUAUUAAGUAAGGGACAAAGUGGGCAAAUCUUACCUUUCUUGCCAACUGCGUGAUAAGAAUCAGCAUGAAUUCAUUCCCCAAAAUGUGGUGAUGGAUCCAGUCUUCACCUUCCCACUUCUCCCUUCUCAUCACCAGCUGCUCAAACUGCACCCCUCUCUUCGACCCUAGCCACCUGGAGCUGGGUCAGAACUCACAAGUUACAAGGACAACCGUCUUUGAGACCAAGCUGCCCAGGCAGCAGUUCUCUGACAGUGGCUGCCCGGAACUGGGUCAGAGUUCACAAGUUAGAAGGACAUCUUUCAGAUUGUCAAACCGGCAGAUGCCAGCCCUUGUGGGUUCAUUAAUUCGCUAGAACAACUCACAGAAUUCAUGGAGAAUGUACCAUAUUUAAGGAGCCUUGGUCAUGCAGUAGUUAAGAGCUACGGCUGCUCACCAAAAGGCAGCAGUUCGAAUUCACCAGCUGCUACUUGGAAACCCCCCAUGGGGGUUCUGCUCUGUCCUAUAGGAUGUCUAUGAGUCAGAAUCGACAGCAAUGGGUUUGGUUUUGGUUUGGUACCAUAUUUAAAGCGACAUAUUUAUUACAACCAAAAAAGAUACAAAUGAAGAGAUGCCUAGGGUGCGGGCUGGGUAGGGUCCUAGCUUGAAGCUUCGCAGCCCCAAAGAGGGACACACUACUCUCUCCUGUGCAUGUUCACCAACCAGGAAGCUUAUCUGACCCUUAGGGUUCAGGGCUGUUAAAGCCCUCACCACGUGGACAUGAUCGGUUACAUCAUGCCUCCUGAGGUGUAGGCAGCAUCAGGGCCGCCUAGGUGGUCCCUUUUGGUCUGGUCAGCCCCCUACUCAUUAGCCUCAGGUGUUGGUCCAGUUUGAAAGAACUGAGAACCAAGGUCAAAUUGCUUCUGCACCCUGAUUCCACUCCUCUAAGAGGCCCAUCUAGAGGAGUUUGUGUACAAAAUUGAAAACAACUAGCAGUUUUAUGUAAGGCAUUCCAGCAACCUAUAGUAAAUGGGAUUUAUUAUCAUGUUAAACUUGCAUCUGUUUUCUCCGAUGACUGCGUUGUCUCAUUUGCUCCUAGAAUAUCACUGAGAAUUAGGAUGCAAUCUCCAUUUUAACAAUUUUGUUAUGCCCAAGUUCACAAAGCAGCAAAUCGUUGAUAGUAUCUGUCAUCUCCUGAUUCUGUCUUUUCUUUUCCGUAUGUUGGUUUGUUUUCACCAGGUUACUUUCCUGGCUCCAUAAUCCAACCUGCGAUUUAGGAAGUCAUAGUGUGUAAUUCUUAAGAAGAUUUGCAAAGUGUUAUGCUGUAGGUACUGAAGAGUGAACUUAAAAAUUGCGCAAGUGAAAUUAAAAUUUUCUCUGAAUUUGCCAGUAUGCAUUUCUGGACAGAGGUUUUUCCUUGUUUAUUUAUUGCAAUUUCAUAUUUGAUCUUUAGCAAAAUUAAACUGUGACGAUUAAAAUCUCCCUUCCUUGUAAUUUUGGUUUCUAACCUGUUAAUGGAACCCUGGGGGCAGUGAUUAAGAGCUCCUCUGCUAACCAAAAGGUCAGCAGUUUGAAUCCACCAGCAGCUCUUUGGAAACCAUGAGGGUCAGUGCUAUUCGGUUCUGUAGGGUCGCUAUGAACCAUGUCAACUUGGGUGUUUUAGAGCAAACAGAGAAAAUAUUUAUUUUUAACUAUUCAGAUUACUAGUGUAAACUUUAAAAAGGUAACUUUUUUCCUUUUUAUAGUAGAGGUUUAGGAAAACCUUUAAGAAACAAAUUUAAAGUAAAUUUUUAUUGGGCUAAAAGAAUUUUUGAAGUUGAUUAUAAUCACUAAUGCUACUGAAAAACCGUAACUGGGAUUUAAAAACUAUCUUUUAAAAACACUGUAAAGUAUGUAUGAAAUAGAACUGCUCACUGAUAACUACAGAGAAGUUUGAUUUCGGAGAAUUCAAGGGCGGAAUCAGAAAAGGAGUGAUUGUUCCAAGUUGGUGAUUUGUUUGGAAUCAGGGUCACAAAAUCCAGUUGCGAUUGGACAUAAUUUAUUUUUCUGAAAUGUGAUUGGCUAAAACCCUUUUCAUGUUAUUUUCUAAUAACUGAGUCUGGAGCCUUUCUUUGUUUUUAUCAUCUGACCAGUGAGUUUGAGGUAUGUACUCGUACUGAAAGUACUCAAAUUGGCGCAGUGACAGUUUGUGAAUUUUAAGGACGUCGACAGAGCCUGUAACGGAACAUUUGGCCUUUCUUAUAACAAAGUAGUAGCGAGGCGUGAAUCUCUGAGUAGCUCCAACACGUAAUCAGUAUCGCUGCAAAUGGGAAAUAUGAAAGGAUGACAGCGUUUUCUUCGUUUUCACUUUAUGAAGUCGUAGGUUGUGUUCUGCAGUGACCAAGUUCUCUGGGUUUUAUUCAAAAGAAAGUGUUGUGCUUUGCUGCUGAGACGGCAGGGCUGUUAAUUCAGGGUAACUCAGACGGCGGCUUGCGUUCUGAAAAACAUCGCUCUGGAGAUGCGACGUUUAACCUGGAGUUUAUUUUUUGAUCCAGCGUGGAACCAGCACAUUUCACUUUCGCUUCAUCUCCCCCCACCCACAGACGAGGGAGCAACGAAUAGAGAGGUGGACCGCAAACGCAUUUAAUAGUGUUGCUGAAGGAGAGCACUCCCUUUCCCCGUGUCCCUCUUUCCUGGUUAGUCUUGAAGCAGCAGCCGCCACGGGAGCCUGGCUUGUGCCGCAGCGGCCGGCACUAUUUUCCGUCUGUGGUGGUUCCUCCGACCCUCUCCCGCGACUCCCGCCCUCGCGCCCGCGCUGGCGGAAGGAGACGUGCAGGGAACUUGCAGCCUUGGUAGUGGAUGGAAAGGCGGAGUAGUACUGGCCGCGGCGCUGUGGCGGCGGCGGGGGCCGGAGCUGGUUCAGUGCCUCCGACGGCUGUGUGGAGAUUUCUGUCAGUUUUUUUGUGGAGCUGCAGCCAGAGGUUGCGAGUCCGGGAGUCCAGGGGAGUUUCGGGGACACCGAGCGACUGAGCUCGCUGUGUCCUUCCAGGCAGAGCGUUUGGUGCGCCCCGAGCCCGCGUUCGCUUUUCGCUGAGCUGCCGGCGUCCCCCUCAGCAUGGGCGGCCGGUAGGAGCGGGGUUUCGCUGGUUCCCUGGCUGUGAAGAGGAGUCGGCCGGUUCAGCAGGGACCGCUAUGGCGGUGGAGACGCGGCCGGAGCUGGUGGGAAAGCGGUUUCUGUCUGUGGCGGUCGGUGAUGAGGCGCGGCCGGAGCGCUGGGAGAGCGGACGCUGCUGGAGGGGCUGGAGAGCGGGGGUCAUCCGAGCCGUGUCACACAGGGACAGCCGCAAUCCGGACCUAGCGGCGUACGUGGAAUUUGAUGGUCUUGAAUGGGAUAAACGAGAGUGGGUUAAAGUUUAUGAAGAUUUUUCUGCUUUCUUGGUGGAAUACCACUUAAUUUGGGCAAAAAGGAAGGACCCUCGCCAGACUCAGGGAUCAAAGAGCAAACAAAUUCAGUGGCCUGCGUUGACUUUCAAACCCCUGGUUGAAAAAAGUGUACCCAGUUCAGUCACUGCAGUAGAAUUCCUAGUAGAUAAACAACUGGAUUUUUUAACUGAAGAUAGUGCCUUUCAGCCCUACCAGGACGACAUAGACAGCCUAAACCCAGUUCUCAGGGACAACCCGCAACUUCAUGAGGAAGUGAAAGUCUGGGUAAAGGAACAAAAAGUUCAGGAGAUUUUUAUGCAAGGUCCCUAUUCCUUAAAUGGAUACAGAGUGAGAGUAUAUAGACAAGACUCUGCCACCCAGUGGUUUACUGGCAUAAUUACUCAUCAUGAUCUCUUCACCCGCACCAUGGUCGUUAUGAAUGAUCAGGUACUAGAACCACAGAAUGUCGAUCCUUCUAUGGUUCAAAUGACCUUUCUAGAUGAUGUUGUUCACUCUUUGUUAAAAGGUGAAAAUAUUGGCAUUACAUCACGACGUAGGUCUCGCGCCAGUCAAAAUAGCAACACUGUUCACGGUCAUUAUACACGUGCCCAAGCAAAUAGUCCCAGACCAGCAAUGAACUCCCAAGCUGCAGUACCAAAACAGAAUACACACCAGCAACAGCAACAAAGAAAUAUUCGUCCAAGUAAGAGGAAGGGCUCAGAUAGCAGCAUACCAGAUGAAGAGAAGAUGAAGGAGGAAAAAUAUGAUUAUGUAACACGAGGAGAAAAUACUAAAAGCAAAAAUAAACACUUGAUGAAUAAAAGAAGGAAGCCCGAGGAGGAUGAAAAGAAACUAAGUAUGAAGAGACUGCGAACUGACAAUGUUUCAGAUUUUUCUGAGAGCAGUGACUCAGAAAAUUCAAGUAAGAGAAUAACAGAUAAUUCCUCAGAGCAGAAGUCAGAGAAUGAGUUGAAAAAUAAAAAUACUUUAAAGAUAAAUGGAGAAGAAGGAAAAUCCCAGAGUAAUGAGAAGGCAGAGGAACAGACACUAAUGGAUAGCCCAGCUCCCUGGGAUCAAAUACAGGAAGAUAAAAAACAUGAAGAAGUAGAGAAACUGAAGUCAGUUGACUCUCAACUUCAAGAGAAAAAGCUUAUCCAUUCAGCAGAACAAACCACGCUUUCUGACCGUAAUCCUAGUGAUUUACUUCUUCAGGAAUGCAGUAUGGAAAAGACACACACAGUGGCAUUAGUACCAAAGGAGAAGUUUGUAUCCACACCACCCACACCAAAAUGUGUUAUAGAUAUUACAAAUGACACUAAUUCACAAAAGGUGGCUCAGGAAAACUCAAGUACCUUUGGCCUUCAGACACUUCAGAAAAUGGAUCCUAAUGUUAGUGACUCAAAACAUGCUAUGGCAAAUGCAAGAUACGUGGAAAUCACGAAACAAGAUUCUGAUCAAAGCUGGGUCAGUGAUGUAGUUAAAGUGGACUUAACACAGCUGAGUAUGAAUGCGUCUUCAGGAAGUGAUCAUCUGAAUUUGGAGAAAGAGAAACAUCAGUAUGUGUCUUACAUGUCAUCGUUAAGUGCAGUUUCUGUAACAGAAGAUAGUAAGCUGCAUAAGCUUAGUCCACCCCCGGAGACCAUAAAAUCUAAACUUAAUAUGUCAGUAGAUGUUCCCAAGACAAAAUCCAAUCCAUCACCUGAAGUUGUUAAAUCCAAAAUUACCUAUUCUCCUGAUUCACUAAAGUCUAAGGCUACUUACGUGAACAGCCAAGCUGCUGGUGAAAGAAGACUGGCAAAUAAGAUAGAACAUGAGUUAUCAAGAUGCAGCUUUCAUCCAGUUCCUGCUCGAGGCAGUACAUUGGAAACUACAAAGAGCCCCCUUAUCAUUGAUAAAAAUGAACAUUUCACAGUUUACAGAGAUCCUGCACUUAUUGGACCAGAAACAGGAGCUAAUCAUAUUUCACCUUUCUUAAACCAGCAUCCUUUUCCUCUUCAUUCCUCAUCCCAUAGAACCUGUUUAAAUCCGGGUACCCAUCACCCUGCCUUAACUCCUACACCCCACAUAUUGGCUGGAUCAUCCAGUCAAACUCCAUUACCUACCAUUAACACUCACCCUCUGACUAGUGGGCCACACCAUUCUGUUCAUCACCCUCAUUUACUUCCUACUGUGUUACCCGGAGUGCCUACUGCCUCCUUACUUGGUGGCCACCCACGACUAGAGACUGCUCAUGCCAGCAGCUUAAGCCACUUAGCACUAGCACACCAGCAACAGCAGCAAUUACUACAGCACCAGUCACCUCAUCUUCUUGGACAAGCCCACCCUUCUGCUUCAUAUAAUCAACUUGGACUUUAUCCAAUUAUUUGGCAGUAUCCAAAUGGAACACAUGCGUACUCAGGUCUUGGUCUACCUUCUUCUAAAUGGGUUCAUCCAGAAAAUGCAGUUAACGCCGAAGCUUCCUUAAGGAGGAAUUCACCCAGCCCUUGGUUACAUCAGCCCACCCCUGUGACCGCAGCAGAUGGCAUUGGAUUACUUAGUCACAUUCCUGUCAGACCAUCCAGUGCAGAGCCUCAUCGGCCUCUUAAAAUUACAGCGCAUUCCAGUCCACCGCUCACGAAAACUGUAGCUGACCAUCAUAAAGAAGACUUUGAGAGGAAAGCUUUUAUUGAACCGUUACGAUCUGUUGCGUCCACAUCAGCAAAAAAUGACCUGGAUCCAAAUAGGUCACAGACUGGAAAAGAUGGUCUUUUGCACAGGCAUUUUGUAGAUCCAUUAUUGAAUCAAUUACAGAGGCCACCCCAGGAGACUGGAGAGAGAUUAAACAAAUAUAAGGAGGAGCACCGACGAAUUCUUCAAGAAAGUAUUGAUGUUGCUCCCUUUACAACUAAAAUCAAAGGGCUUGAGGGUGAGAGAGAGAAUUAUUCCAGAGUGGCAUCGUCAUCUUCUAGCCCUAAAAGCCAUGUCAUCAAACAAGACAAAGAUUUAGAACGCUCAGUAUCAGAUCUUUAUAAAAUGAAGCACUCAGUGCCUCAGAGUCUGCCCCAAAGUAACUAUUUCACUACAUUGUCCAAUAGUGUAGUCAAUGAACCACCAAGAUCAUACCCAUCCAAAGAGAUUUCAAAUAUUUACACAGAAAAGCAGAGUAGUAGCCUUGCAGCAGCAGCUAAUCCUCAAACUCUGACUUCAUUUAUAUCAUCUCUUUCGAAGCCUCCACCUUUAAUUAAACACCAAACAGAAAGUGAAGGUUUAGUAGGCAAGAUACCAGAACAUAUUCCCCAUCAAAUUUCAUCUCACUCAGUAACAACUUUCCAAAACGACUGUAGGAGUCCUACCCAUUUGACAGUUUCUUCUACAAAUACACUCCGGAGUAUGCCUGCUUUACAUAGAGCACCAGUAUUUCACCCACCAAUCCAUCACAGCCUGGAAAGAAAGGAAAGCAGCUAUAGUAACCUUUCCCCUCCAACUUUAACUCCAGUGAUGCCAGUGAAUGCUGGUGCAAAAGUUCAAGAAUCCCAAAAGCCUCCAACUCUGAUACCCGAGCCUAAAGACUCUCAGGCAAAUUUCAAGAGUUCUUCUGAACAGAGUUUGACAGAAAUGUGGAAAUCUAAUAAUAACCUCAGCAAAGAGAAAGCUGAAUGGCACAUGGAAAAAAGCAAUGGAAAGUCACAGGCUGCUAUGGCAUCUGUCAUUGUACGUCCACCUUCUAGUACAAAAUAUGAGAGCAUGUCAACAAUGCAGUUUGCUUCCAAAGAGCGACUUAGUGAAAGAUCUUCAACCGAGGCAAAUCAAACAGAUUGCCACAAACCAGCAGAAGCCGGAGAGACUGGUAGAAUCGUUCUGCCGAGUGUGAAUUCAGACAGUGCUCAUAUAAAAUCUGAAAAAAUCUUUCAGUCUGUCUCACAGGGCACUGUUCCCAGUUCAGUCAUGUCUGCUGUAAAUACAAUGUGUAAUACCAAAACGGAUAUAUUUACAUCUGCUGCCACUACCACCACUGGUUCCAGCUGGGGUGCUUCAGAAGAAAUUUACUCUUUAUCAAAUACCACUUUGGCCUCUACAUCCUUAGAAUGUAUCUCUUCAAAAAGUGUUAGUCAGUCAGUGGCUCAGGCACAGGAAUGCAAGGUCAGCACCACAGCUUCAGUUACACCAGCCAGUAGUAAGACAGGAAAUGCUGUCCAGCCCAGCACUGGGUUCUCAGGCACAACUGAUUUUAUCCAUUUAAAAAAGCAUAAAGCAGCAUUGGCUGCUGCUCAGUAUAAAAGUAGUAGCAUCGGUGAGACUGAGCCUAAUACUGUGAAAAAUCUGACAUCCUCAGCCUCCCUUCCCUUGGAAAGCACUGUGGUCUGUAGUACAAUAAACAAAGCAAACUCUGUAGGAAAUGGGCAAGCAUCCCAGACAAGUCAACCGAACUACCAUACUAAAGUGAAAAAGGCCUGGCUCACUAGACAUUCUGAAGAAGAUAAAAAUACUAAUAAAAUGGAAAAUUCAGGGAACUCUGUAUCAGAAAUUAUUAAGCCAUGUUCUGUCAAUUUAAUAGCCUCUACAUCUAAUGAUAUACAAAAUAGUGUAGAUAGUAAGAUCAUAGUUGAUAAAUAUAUAAAAGAUGAUAAAGUCAGUAGGAGAAAAGCCAAAAGAACUUACGAAUCUGGCUCUGAAAGUGGAGACUCCGAUGAAAGUGAAAGCAAGUCAGAGCAAAGGACUAAAAGGCAGCCGAAGCCAACUUACAAAAAGAAGCAGAAUGAUUUGCAGAAGAGAAAAGGUGAAAUAGAAGAAGAUUUGAAACCCAACGGGGUUCUCAGCAGGAGUGCUAAAGAAAAAAGUAAAUUGAAGUUGCAGAGCAACAGUAAUAGCGCUGGCAUUCCUCGUUCAGUGUUAAAAGAUUGGCGUAAAGUCAAGAAACUGAAGCAAACUGGGGAGUCCUUUUUACAGGAUGACUCUUGCUGUGAGAUAGGGCCUAAUUUACAGAAGUGCCGAGAAUGUAGACUUAUUCGGAGUAAAAAAGGAGAAGAACCAACUCACUCACCAGUGUUUUGUAGGUUUUACUACUUUAGACGAUUGUCAUUUAGUAAAAAUGGAGUGGUUAGAAUAGAUGGUUUCUCUUCUCCUGACCAAUAUGAUGAUGAAGCUAUCAGUUUAUGGACACAUGAAAAUUAUGAAGAUGAUGAACUAGACAUAGAAACAUCUAAAUAUAUAUUGGAUAUAAUAGGUGAUAAGUUCUGUCAACUAGUAACAUCUGAGAAAACAGCUUUAUCCUGGGUAAAAAAGGAUGCCAAAAUUGCCUGGAAAAGAGCAGUGAGAGGAGUUCGGGAGAUGUGUGAUGCAUGUGAAGCAACAUUGUUUAACAUUCAUUGGGUCUGCCAAAAAUGUGGAUUUGUGGUUUGCUUAGAUUGUUACAAGGCAAAGGAAAGGAAGAGCUCUAGAGAUAAAGAACUGUACGCUUGGAUGAAGUGUGUGAAAGGCCAGCCUCAUGAUCACAAACAUUUAAUGCCAACUCAAAUUAUACCUGGUUCUGUUUUGACAGACCUUUUAGAUGCGAUGCACACUCUUAGAGAAAAAUAUGGUAUUAAAUCCCAUUGUCAUUGUACUAACAAACAGAAUGUACAAGUUGGAAACUUUCCUGCAGUGAAUGGUGUGUCUCAGGUUUUGCAGAAUGUUCUUAAUCAUGGUAAUAAAAUUUCUCUGUGCAUGCCUGAGUCUCAGCAGCAGACUACCCCUCAGCAGUCCAAGACUAAUGGCAGCAGCAGCCCAGGAAGUGAUGUAAGCACAGACAGCAAGGUAACACCUCCAGAGUCUCAGUCACCACUGCACUGGUUAGCAGAUCUUGCAGAGCAAAAAUCCAGAGAGGAAAAAAAAGAAAACAAAGAAUGUACUCUUGAAAAGGAAAUAAAAGAAGACCAAGAACAAGACAACCCUGAUUCUCCAAACUGCAGAACAUCACCUCAUGCGUCCCAGAAUAAUGAACAAGGCUCAACCUUACGGGAUUUGUUGACCACAACAGCUGGCAAGCUGCGUGUGGGCUCUACAGAUGCCGGCAUUGCCUUUGCACCAGUGUAUUCAAUGGGAGCUCCGAGUAGCAAAAGUGGAAGGACUAUGCCAAAUAUUCUUGAUGACAUAAUUGCUUCAGUUGUUGAAAACAAAAUUCCACCAAAUAAAGCCUCCAAGAUAAAUAUAAAAUCUGAGCUUCAAGAAGAGCCUAAAGAAAGCAGAAAAUCUGGCAUGAAUGAAAACAAUAAAUUGUACAGUGAUAUACCACAUUCUUGGAUCUGUGAGAAGCAUAUUUUAUGGCUUAAGGAUUAUAAGAAUAGUAAUAAUUGGAAACUUUUCAAAGAAUGCUGGAAACAAGGACAACCUGCAGUGGUUUCUGGUAUGCACAAGAAAAUGAACAUCAGCUUAUGGAAGGCGGAGUCAAUUAGUCUUGAUUUUGGAGACCAUCAAGCAGAUCUUCUGAACUGCAAAGACAGCAUUAUUUCAAAUGCCAAUGUUAAGGAAUUCUGGGAUGGUUUUGAAGAAGUUUCAAAACGGCAAAAAACCAAAAGUGGAGAAACAGUUGUUUUAAAACUGAAAGAUUGCCCAUCAGGAGAAGACUUCAAGACUAUGAUGCCAGCAAGAUAUGAAGAUCUUGUAAAGAGCCUACCAUUGCCAGAAUAUUGUAAUCCAGAAGGAAAAUUCAAUUUAGCCUCUCAUUUGCCAGGAUUUUUUGUACGUCCUGAUCUAGGACCCAGGUUGUGCAGUGCAUAUGGUGUAGCUGCUGCUAAAGAUCACGAUAUAGGAACAACAAAUCUCCAUAUUGAAGUUUCUGAUGUUGUAAAUAUUCUAGUCUAUGUUGGCAUAGCAAAAGGAAAUGGUGUUCUCUCAAAAGCAGGAAUACUUAAGAAGUUUGAGGAAGAAGAUUUGGAUGAUGUUCUGAGAAAAAGAUUGAAAGACUCAAGUGAGAUACCUGGUGCUCUGUGGCAUAUUUAUGCUGGGAAAGACGUUGACAAGAUAAGGGAAUUUCUUCAAAAGAUUUCAAAAGAACAAGGCCUUGAAAUUCUACCAGAACAUGAUCCAAUACGUGACCAAAGUUGGUAUGUGAACAAAAAGCUCCGCCAGAGACUGUUUGAAGAAUAUGGAGUCAAAACCUGUACUCUUAUCCAGUUCCUUGGAGAUGCCAUUAUCUUGCCAGCAGGAGCACUUCAUCAGGUACAGAAUUUUCACAGCUGUAUUCAGGUAACUGAAGACUUCGUGUCUCCAGAACAUCUCGUACAGUCAUUUCACUUAACACAGGAACUGAGACUUUUGAAAGAAGAAAUCAAUUAUGAUGAUAAAUUACAGGUGAAAAAUAUUUUGUAUCAUGCAGUCAAGGAAAUGGUGAGAGCUUUGAAGAUACAUGAAGAUGAAGUAGAGGAUAUGGAAGAAAACUAAGUGUGGUCCAGUUAGGUGUUUCUAGCCUGUCAAACUGGGAUUACUUAUCCUUGAACUAUGAUAUGUAUGCACACUGACUUAAACUUCAUGAAACCAUCAGUGCCAAGAAAUUCUCUUUGUAGUAAUUACUUGUUACUGACACCGCAGCAGUAUAGCAUAUGUCACAGCUACUGUGAUUCAAUAUUAGUUAUUAAAACAAGCUAAAUUUAAAAAGCAGCCCUUCACAGCUGUUUUUGUAUUAUACUGUAUAUUAAGUUUGUGAAAAUGCAAGAUUUAAAAUGAUGUAUUUAUUUUUGGAAAAAAGACAAAAUUCUAUGCUAUAUUGUUGAUCAAGUGUAAAUGUGACCUUGUACAGUUUGCUAAAAUAACUGAUAUUUUUCACUACAUUGAGACAGUUAACUGUGAGAAUAGGACACAAACACCAGCUAUUGCCUGCAUUUGGGAAAUUGCUGAAUCGCACAGCAGUCAUGUCAUAGUCAGAAAAUUACUGCCAAAUAAUUGUAAAAUUUGUAAAAUACAAAGUAUAAAGUAGAUAACUAAAUACAGACACUUCAAUAUUUUGUUGAAGCUAUUCACUGUACAAUUAAACAUUUUCAAAAGGUGUAAUUUAUUUAAAAUUGUCUCAUUUUGGUAAAUUUAUGUGAACUUUUAAAGCUAAAUAUUAAACUUAAUAUGCUCUGUAAAUAUAUACAUAUAUACAUUUAAUGAUGUAUUUUUUUAAAGCAUUGGCUUGCUUUUAUUUGUUAAAGUGCAAGUGUUACAUAUGGCUUUGUACAUUAAAGUUGAAAGGGGUUUUACAUUUUCCAUUAAAAAGACUUUACGA